AUGAAUUAUAAAUUUACAAAUCGAGAUAUGGUUACCAUUUUGGUUAAAGACAUUACAAUUGUCAAUGUCUAUAAUCAACCGAAACCAUCCAAGAAAUACCCUGAGCCACCGGUUUUUGAGUUUCUCAAACGGGAGAUCAAGGAACAAUACUCAAAGAUUGUCAUUGCAGGUGAUUAUAACUUACAUCACAAGGAAUGGGAGUCAAGGGCAGGUCCGAAUACGGAAGCAGAUGAAGUUGUUGAGUGGCUACAUGAAAAUGAUAUGAUGUUAAUUACUCCAAGAAAUCAAAAAACAUACAACAAUAGAACCAAUAUUGAUUUGGUUUAUGGCUCAGUGGACUUACUUCAUAGAAUUUCAUUUAGUGGAGUGGAUGAAAAUACACUAAGUGAUCACUCAAUUGUGGAGUGGGACAUUUAUAUGUCUCAGAGUAAAAACGGGGAUGAAGUUUUUAUUUCGGUGAAGAGAUUGAAUAUUAAGAAUGCAGAUUGGGAAAAGUUUGACAAGGAGCUUUCUUCUGCCAUUAAAGAUUUUAAUGUGCAUAACAAAACUCUAAAAUCAACUGACCAAAUUGAUGACCAAGCUAAAGUUCUUGAGGAGGUUGUAAAAGAGCAAUGGCAAAAAGGAAAUGACAUUUGGAAGAUUUUGAAGUAUAUUAAUCCAAAAAGCAAUGAUACCAUUAUACCACAAAUUAGAAAAGAAGAUGGAACUCUCACUACUACUGUUGACGAAAAAAGACAUGAAAUAUGGAAGGCACUUCUACCUGAAAUUGAUCAUGGUCUUGAUAGAGAGUUUGAAAUUGAUGACGAUUCUCGAUGGCCAAAAUUAGAGUUUGAUGAAGUUGACUCUGCAUUGGCUGAUACCCCAAAUGAUAAAGCUCCAGGAGACGAUGGAAUUACUGGCAAAGUUUUAAAGAUGGCAUGGCUAAAUAAAGACUUUAAGGAAAGGUUUUUCAAGCUUCUCCAAGCUUGUGUAAAGUUUGGAUACCACCCAAAAGUCUGGAGACAUGGCAUUAUUGUUGUUAUACCUAAACCUAAGAAACCUGACUAUUCAAAGCCAAGAGCAUACCGACCAAUUUCCUUACUUAAGAUUCCAUCUAAAGUACUGGAAAAAAUUAUACAAAAAAGAAUGACCAAGCUUACAACACACUUACUUCCACCAGAGCAAUAUGGGGGAAGACAAGGUUAUUGUGCUACUGAUGCUGUUUUGGAACUUGUCCAAAGAAUUGAAACUAGUAAAGAAAAAAUUUCAGCUAUGCUCAUUGAUAUUCAAGGAGCUUUUGAUAAUGUUAACAGAAAUAUAUUGGCAGACACAAUGGAGGAUAUGAAACUACCCAAAGCACUUAUAAACUGGACGUACCAAUUUGUAAGUGAAAGAGAAGCUAGUAUGCUCAUGGACCGAAGAAAGGAUCAGUGCAAAAAUUAG